CUUCGUAGCACAACAGAAAACAGUCUCUUUACAUAAUACUCGCUCCGGCGCUUCCCUGCUUAUUACCAGUGCAAGAAGAAGGUUCGUUCCACUUCUCUCAGCCGUGCGUGAAGAAAACAAACAUUGGCGAACGGUAUUAUCGUCUGUGAAGGCAAAGAAAAGUAGGCGAAGAAAGUGCCCACAGUGUGACGUCAGCAGCAGCAGAGUAGGUGCGGUAGGUUGUAGUUGUGUCCGUGUACGUACGUGUGUGUGCUGGGCAGAUGAACGUGUGAAACUCCAGUGUUUCGAAAGCAGCAUAUUGCGUGACAGAAAGCGAACGAGAGAGCGAGACAGGGCACGUGUGUAAUCCAAAACAGAAGACGCGAAGAUAUUCAACCGGUUUGCGCUAUCUCAGCGGCCACCUCCACCCCCGGGGGGGCACAGUAAACUCUAAUACACAGGAUUCCGAAUAUAAUCUGAAAUUCAUAAAACGAAACGCGCCGCUGGAUGACGACGACGACGGGCGAUGAAGAAACUUUAAACGCUUUCCACCGAACGCUGUCGAAAUCGAAGCAAAAGAAACACGGUCAUCAUCAUCAUCGUCGUGGGCAUCGAAAUUUCACGUAACGUGAGCUGAAAGCCGUAGCAGGCAGUGCACAAAUCGUAGUAGCCAACCUGGAAGCAGACUGUCGGUGGUGUGUGUUUUGAUUUAGUUUUUCCAAAAAAGCAUUAAGAACCAAAGAGGCACGAAAAUGUUUUCCAAACUGGCUCAACUGUCGACCGGUCAGCUGUCGCGGGCCAUGCUAGGGGCGUACGGUGGGGCGAGACAGCCCACCGCCCUUCUGGCCGCCUGCCGUAGCAUCUCCAAGAGCAGCGAGGUGAACAAUUCCGACUACAUGACGAUCCGGACGGAAAACCCGAACCCGACGACGGUUCGCAGUAGCUGCGACAGCAAGCAGCAGAUAAGACUGAAGAAGGUGUCAAGAACACUGUCGACGCUGAACUCAUCCGUACCGGAAGCGGCAGCUCAGACGGCCGUCCCGAAGAGCGAAAGCCGCGAGUUUAUGGCCGUGUUUCCCGAUCUGGUGCGCGAUCUGACCGAGUACGCUCGGAAGUUCGACAAGAACGUGGCCACCAAGUGGUUCGUUCGCGCCCUCCAGUACAACGUGCCGAAGGGCAAGAAGAACCGUGGGCUGGCCUCGGUCCUGGCGUACCGCAUGCUGGCGAAACACGAGGACCUCACUCCGGAGAACAUUCGCCGGGCUCAGUACCUGGGCUGGUGCAUCGAAAUGCUUCACACGAUGUUCCUACUGAUGGACGACAUCAUGGACGGGAGCACGAUGCGCCGUGGCCAAGAGUGCUGGCACACGCUGGACGAUGUGAAGAUGGUGGCCAUCAACGAUGGGAUCAUGAUCGAUGCGGCCAUCUUCUACGUGCUCAAGAAGCACUUUGGCAACGAGUCGUACUACCCGCGGCUGCUGGAGGAGUUCAGCAACAUGAAGUUCAUCACGACGAUCGGCCAGAGCCUGGAUCUGCUGUCGGCCAAGCUGGAUGUGACCCAGUACACGAUGGACAUUUACAAAUCGAUCGUCUUCCACAAGACUGCCUACUACACGUUCUACCUCCCGGUGGCCAUGGCCAUGCACAUGACCGGAUACACCGAUCCGGAAAUGUUCCGCCAGGCGAAAACGAUCUUGCUCGAGAUCGGGCAGUUCUACCAGGCGCAGGACGAUUUUCUCGAUUGCUUCGGGGACCCGGCCGUCAUCGGGAAGGUCGGUACCGACAUUGCCGAGGGCAAGUGCAGCUGGUUGGCGGUGGUCGCGAUGCAGCGCGCUACCGAGGAGCAGAAGCAGGUCAUGAAGGAGUGCUACGGCUCACAUGAUCCGGACAAGAUUGCACGCGUCAAGAAGCUCUACGAACAACUCGGCCUUCCAACUACGUACGCGAUCUACGAGGAGGAGUCGUACAAUAUGAUCAAAACGCACAUUCAGCAAAUUUCGCGCGGCUUACCACACGAACUGUUCUUCAAGAUCAUGGAGAAGAUCUACCGGCGCGAAGCGUAAGUCCUGUCACUACCAUUAUCCUUCCGCCAACCGAUUCGCGAUGGCUACCAUUUUCGUGCAGUCCAAAACUCAAGAUUUUAGAUUGUAUCCGAACCUCGGGAGCGUGGUUGUGUGGAACGAACCCAGAACAGGAGCACACAGACCCACAUUAACACCGUAUACGGAUUAUAUGCCGUACACGUGAGGUUAUCCGGUGUUUGGAAUCUAUCGUUUCAAAGUUUGUUCAUCGAUACACAUUCAUCUUUAUCGGUUUUCUAUCAAACAAACAUUACGUAAUUAGAGCGUAACAGAAAACCGUAUGCAUCAUUCGAUUGUAAAUACGCUCAACGAUCGCACACGACCGUUAGAUUGUUAGGAAAAGUAAGUUAGUCGACAACAACGAAAAGAGAAUGGUACGAUUUUUUGAGACACACAGAUGUCGCCGGGUGUAGAAAUUGUGGCCGAGGAUUUUCAGAAAAUCUCUCUCGCCAAUAGCAAAAGCGAAAACAAAGUUUAGAAAUUUGUGUCGUAUAUUUUGGAAAAAAAUGUGAUCAAACUUUCCCCGAAUCUUCUUUUGCACUUUCGAGAUCAUUUUGUCUACUUACGGAACCGAAAAAAAAAUCACGCAGACUAUUUCAGUACAUUUUGCGUCCCGAGUUCGCGGACUAGAGCUUUUGGCCUCUCCGGGUAAGAAAAGUAAUACACAUUAGCAUUUAAGGCACUCCAUUGUUGCUGCUCGACAGAUGGACAGAAAGGUUUUUGCGGUUCGAGGGAAUGGGAGUGCGAACAGAGGCAGCAAUCAUUUUUACGCCUACAAUAUUUGGAACUUUUCUAACCUUACAUACUAAUCAGAGAGAAACAAAGCAUCACUCUCGGGGGCCGCGUACCGUAGAAGGAAAUCUGGUUUAAAAUGUCAGAGAAAGGUUCAAGAGUGAGUCGGACUGAAAGUGGCGGAGUCAGUGGGAAGGUGGAAACGCGGUGUGUAGGUUUUAGAAUCAGAGUUUAAGGUGAAACGAGGACAGCCGAUAGUCAUAUGUUAAUUUUCGAAUGAAAAAUAAUAAAUUCAUAUUACGUCUUAUAUAGAAGAAAAACGUAACAAAACGA